CCCCUGCCCCUCCCCUCCCCCUCUACAGCCACAGACACCACCACCCAACUCAACGUCGACGGCCAAGCAGUCAAACUCGACCAUCUGGGCCCCCUGGUGGUGAAUAAAGACGGCACCCUAUCGCGCAUUGCGAAUUGGGAGUCCAUGGCCGAGAUUGAGAGGCAGAAUACGCUCAGGAUUUUGGUCAAGAGGAAUCAGGUUAGGUUGGGGGCGUUGAGG